AUGAGCGAAUGUUAUUUACUUGUAAACCUUCGAUUUCCAUCGUUUACCAAACAUCGGUUUCCCAUCCCUGAUUUUGGUGGAAACAAUUUUCCCCAACGUUUCCGCAAAUCCAUUUCUUUCUCAUACUCAUUAUCAAAGUUCCAAACUUGUGGAAUUUCCCGUUCAGCCCAAGCCAUGGAAGUUGUUGAAGCAAGUGAAUCCUCAUCCCCACCAAUGAAGCUCUUGUUUGUAGAGAUGGGUGUCGGCUACGAUCAACAUGGGCAGGAUAUAACCUCUGCAGCAAUGAGGGCUUGUAAAGAUGCCAUUUCUUCUAAUUCAAUCCCUGCUUUCCGGAGAGGGUCCAUUCCUGGUGUCAGUUUUGAUCAGAUGAAGUUGCAGAUCAAGCUAGGGGUUCCUCAUUCUCUCCAGAAAUCAUUGGAUAUUGAGAAAGUCAAGUCAGUAUUCCCCUAUGGAAAAAUUUUGAAUGUUGAAGUUGUGGAUGGUGGUUUGAUAUGCUCAAGUGGAGUCCAUGUGGAAGAGAUGGGUGACAAGAAUGAUGAUUGUUACAUUGUGAAUGCUGCUGUUUAUGUGGGCUAUUAACUUUCAGCAUCUUCAGAGCUUUGUUCACUUUGUUCUCCUGUUAAUGGUCUUCUAAUUUUAAUAAUUGAUGGUAUUGUA